AUGCUGUUGCAGGGGCUUGGGCCGUACUCGACCAGCAUCAAGAAGGUCGAGAAGGAGAUCAAGGAAAUGGCCAAGAAAAUCAAUGACCUUUGUGGGAUAAAGGAGUCUGAUACAGGGCUGGCUCCACCUAGCCAGUGGGAUUUGGUUUCAGAUAAACAGAUGAUGCAAGAAGAACAACCAUUACAAGUAGCAAGGUGUACAAAGAUUAUAAGCCCUAAUACGGAUGAUGCCAAAUAUGUUAUAAAUGUAAAACAAAUUGCAAAGUUUGUGGUUGGACUGGGAGAUAAGGUCUCUCCAUCUGAUAUCGAGGAAGGGAUGAGGGUCGGUCAUUCAUUUCUACUACAGCACUAUGAUGCAUUUAUGUACUUGUGA